AUGGCGUCCGAAUCCCCCAAAUACCUCGGGCUCUCUGGAAAAGCCCUGCACUGGGCCCAGGUGGCUCUGAUAGGUGCCCCUGCCUUCAUUGUCUUUGGAUACAACCAAGCUGGUGUCGGUCCCCUGGCGACUCUCCAGAGUUGGGUCGAGACCUUCCCUCAGAUCGACACGAUUAACACGACCGGGUCCCUCGAAGCACACAAUUCCACCAGCAAGGGUGCUGUCAUUGCCUCGUUCCAGAUCGGAGCCCUCAUCGGGGCUCUGUCUUGCACACUGAUCUCGGACAGACUGGGUCGCCGGAAGACCAUAUUCCUCGGUUCUAUCCUCGCCAUCAUUGGAGAGGUCCUGCAGGUGGCAUCCUAUGGAUUGGUGCAAUUCGUUAUCGGCCGUAUUAUACUAGGCAUGGGCGUUGGCCAAUACAGUGUGGCUGUACCGGUAUGGCAGUCGGAAUGUUCGUCGGCAAAGAACAGAGGACAACAUGUCAUCAUCGAUGGUAUAUUCAUGUGUCUUGGUUACUCACUGUGCAACUGGAUCGAUUUCGGUCUGAGUCGUAUCCCCGAGAGCACGACGCAAUGGCGAGUCCCGCUUGCCCUGUCGCUGCUCCCUGCCCUUGUCAUCCUUCUUUCGGUCUUUUUGCUCCCGGAAUCACCGCGAUGGCUGGUCCAGGUCAACCGCACCGAGGAAGCAACCCACUCGCUGGCAUCCCUAAAGGGACUGUCUGUCAACGACGAGGCAAUCCGGGCCGAAAUUUCCGGUAUUGAAUCAUCCCUUGAGUUGACCGCGCAAUCCAAAGGCUCUUUGAUGGAGAUGUUCGACCCGAAUGACCAGGAGCGACUAUUCUACCGCUUCUGUCUCUGUAUUAUCCUGCAAUUCUUCCAGCAGAUGUGCGGUGGUAACCUGAUCUCCGUCUACGCCUCGACGAUAUUCGAGCAGAACCUCGGCCUCAGCGCCAGCCUGUCCAAGAUCCUGGCCGCCUGCGCCCUAACAUGGAAAUUCUUCUGCUGCUUCAUCGCCUUCUUUACCAUCGACCGCCUCGGCCGUCGAGUCGUCUUCAUGAUCAGCGGCACAGGCAUGGCCUUUUGCAUGAUCGCUCUGGCAAUCACCAACAGCCGCGGCACAGAUAACAAGGGCGCGUCCAUCGCCUCCGUCGUCUUUAUCUUCCUUUUCAAUCUCUUCUACCCGAUCGGCUUCCUCGGCGGUAACUUCCUCUAUUGUACAGAAGUGGCCCCCGUCCGACUGCGCGUGGCCAUGUCGUCCAUCUCGACAGCGAACCACUGGCUGUGGAACUUUGUCGUCGUGAUGGUCACGCCCAUCGCACUGGAUACUAUCGGGUACCAGUACUAUGUCAUGUAUGCCGUGCUCUCGGCGUGCAUCCCCUUGCUGGUGUACUUCUUCUACCCCGAGACUAUGAACCGCAACCUGGAGUUGCUGAACCAUGUUUUCAGGGAUGCGUCGUCCCCCUGGGAAAUUGUUUCUAUGGCGAAGCAUCUGCCUCAGGGUGAGGUCACCGAGGCAGACCUGAUGGAGAUGAACAAGAAGGGCGAUGGGUGCUCUGUCGAGAUGGCGGAGAAGGUCUAG